CCCCCCCGUUCCCCCCCCGGCAUGGCUGCGGGUUGUUGACGCGUUGCUUAGUGACGGGCGCGAGCGCCGGCUCCGCGGGGUGCCAGCCCCCCAACGGUCCCCAACCGUCCCCAGCCGUCCCCGAGCGCCCCCGCCGCGGGUCUGUCCGUUGGCUCUCGUCCGCCGCGGGAUGGUAGUGGAGAAAGCGACCGCGAGCCCCCCGGCGCCCGUAGGCGACCGGCGCCCUCAGAAGCAGGAGCCGCUGGGGCUCGCGAAGAAGAGCAGGCAGCAGGUGACCGACGGCUUCACCGUUAAGGCCCUCAUGAAAAACACCGUGGUAAGAGGGCCUCCACUUGCAGGAGCAUUUAAAGAGAGACCAACAAAGCCCACAGCAUUUCGCAAGUUUUAUGAGCGAGGAGACUUCCCAAUUGCCCUUGAGCAUGAUACGAAAGGAAACAAAAUAGCCUGGAAGGUAGAGAUUGAGAAGCUGGACUAUCAUUAUUAUCUGCCUUUGUUUUUUGAUGGGCUUUGUGAAAUGACAUUUCCAUGUGAGUUUUUUGCACGUCAAGGAAUCCAUGACAUGCUGGAACAUGGUGGAAACAAGAUUCUUCCUGUCAUUCCUCAGCUCAUUAUCCCAAUAAAAAAUGCACUGAGCCUUCGUAACCGACAGGUCCUCUGCAUCACGCUGAAAGUCCUCCAGCACCUGGUGGUGUCAGCUGACAUGGUGGGAGAGGCCUUGGUGCCCUAUUAUCGGCAAAUCCUCCCAGUCCUAAACAUCUUUAAGAAUAUGAAUGUUAAUUCAGGCGAUGGGAUAGACUACAGCCAGCAGAAGCGUGAAAAUAUUGGAGAUCUGAUUCAAGAGACACUGGAAGCCUUUGAACGCUGCGGUGGAGAAACUGCUUAUAUAAACAUUAAAUACAUGAUCCCUACUUACCAGUCGUGCAUAUUAAACUGAGCUGUAUCAAAUGGGAUGAUUCCAUUUGUGCUCUAAAAAAACUGUGUCUGACUCUGUGUGGCAUCUUGUUAGUCAUGCUUUUUUUCUCUACAGCUGCUAAAAUAGUGGCUUCUGGGGCAUUAGAGUGUUAGCACUAUUGUGAACAAGUCUUUCCAAUACAUAAAUAGUGCCUGUUCCUUUGAUUACAAUGGUGUACUGUGCUUGUUUGUUCCGUGAAAGAAUUGCUUCUUUAUAACAGAGCUGACUCGAGCAGGAAUCAGAGUUAAACCUUCAGUUGUAUAGACAAUAAAACUAUAAUUUUCAUAC